AUGGCUUUCUGGGAUGUGAAUUCCAGGAGACAUAUUGGACUGCAGCAACUCUCAUCCUUAGCAUUAACUGGAAAAACAUUGCUGGGGCCAAUGAAAUCAUAUAAAUUCAUCGUGGACGAAAGCAGCAACCAAAGCACAUUGAUUUGUUCUGCUGUUAGACUGAUUGAGAGUUUGGAUUUGACUAGUGCCUCUGGACAGCUGCUGAAUGAAACCCUCCAGGCACAGAACAAGGAGUUCAGGACUGGGAUGAGUACCCUGUUGUUCCUGGUGGGUGCGUGGAGCAAUGCUGUGGCAGAGUGUCUCCAGCAGAACGUUCCUGUUUCAGCUAUAGUGUCUGUGAUGUCCGAGGGGUUGAACUCUUGCUGUGAGAGGGUUCAGUGUCUUCAGAUAUCAAUACAGGAUGUAAACAGAGACCUAUGUUCUGGCAGAGUUAGGCCAAACACUUUUGAAACCCAAAUUGGACAUGACAGUCUCCUAUACCCUCGGAAUUUGCUGUGUUUCCAGAAGGAUAUUUCUGCUCCAGAAGAAGUGAUUCCAGUAAAUGGUCGUUCCAAUCAAGGAGAUGAUUGUGAUUUUAACAAGUGCCUGGUUUCACCCAUGGUUGGCUUUGGUUCAGCGGCCUCUCUUGUCACACCAGUGGGUGACAAAAGUUCAGCUGUGAUUCCUGGAAGUGGUGUCAUUGCAUCUAGCUCAAUCAAACCAAAGUUAACCCACAGCAGACACUUCAGCACUUUAGGGAAAAGCCAUUUUUCAAGUCAGAGUCAGCGAGGUAAUUUUCAGGGGUACCUUUCAGGACCACUAGCAGGUCCAUGUGAAUGUUAUGGUUUAGGACACCUGGCAAUGGCUCUGAGCCAUGGGAAUCAGACUGGUGUGAAACUGCUACAAAGCAUUGCUGCAUAUCAGCAGGAGAGAGCAGAAUGCAGUGGUUCUUCUCAGUUGAAUAUCGCAGAGAUUGUGACGUGCUGUUUGCUGGGCCUGCCUGAAAGCUAUUCUUGUGUCUCCCCAGGCUUUGUCACAUUAGUGUCACCGGAACAAGCCACAGUCAUCAAACACUUUGAGGACAAACCCCUUCGGAUUCUGCUGAUGGAUGGUGACCUAAGGGAAGAGUAUCGACACAUAGGUUUUAACAGACCAUGUAAUGUAAGGACUAUAUUGGAGCAUCCUAACCUGUGGGGGAGCAGAGCAGGAGAUGUGUGGCUAAGCAGUAUGUUAGAUAUCUUGAUAAACUUUGAAGUAAACCUGGUUUUGGUCAAAGGAAGCGUGUGUGAAAGCCUAAUGGAAAGCUGCAUUGCCAACAGAAUACUGGUGAUUGGCUCAGUGGCUCGGGAUGUGCUGUGUGCCUUUGGGGAGGUCACUGGUGCCCAGGCAGUGACAUACCUCACCCAGCUGAACUCUUCUUGUGUUGGGACUGGGGCCCAGGCAGAGCUGUGGGAGGCCAGUGAUGGGCGUGCGAUGGACCUGGGUGAGCUCGUGCCAGUCCGGAUCAAAGCACAGGGCAUCCCCCUGCUCACAGCUGUGCUCACCACUGCUGUGGCUUCCAAGCUGCAGCUCAUUGAAGACCAGUUCUGGACUUUGGUAUAUCGACUCCAUCAUGCUUUAAACGACCAGAAGGUUUUUCCUGGGGGUGGUGCAGUGGAGCUCUUGUGCCUCAGUCACAUCCAGGUGCUUGCAGAGCAGCCUGACCGACCAGCAGAUAAAAAAGCUGUGAGAGCGUUCCUCAGCCCUUGGCUGGCAGAGUAUAGAUCCAUUGUGCUCCAAGCACUGGCAAGUGGAUGGAAGCAGUAUCUUUCCGUGGUCAUGUGUAACACUGCAAAAGCUGCGUCGGAGUUGGAAGCCUGUGCCUCGGUGGAGCAUCACCUCAAGAAAGCAGCAGAGUGUGGCUCUCCCUUAGCAUAUAUAUUGGAAGAGUUUAGAAGAGGUGAUCUGCUCAGGGUGGGCUCUGGUACCUUUGCUGACCACGGGGAGGGUUUCAAGGUGUAUGAUAAUGUUACAGCCAAGACAGAGGCAUGGAGGAGAGCUCUGGACUUGGUGCUGCUGGUGCUUCAAACAGAUGCCGAAAUCAUCACAGGCCCCAAGAGGAAUCAGCUAUUGAACUCAUGUGUGUCAAGUGAAUUUAAGUUUUUAUAG